AUGGCUUCCUGGGGACCACAGCUUCCAAUAACAGAGAAUCUGACCGAUGACUUAAAUUGUUCGGUGUGUCUGGAUCUCUUUACUGACCCGGUUACCCUGGAGUGCGGCCACAACUUCUGCCGCUCCUGCAUCUCAGGGAGCUGGGAAAAGAAGGAGAGCAAAGCCUGUCCCGAAUGCAGAACAGUCUUUGCCAAGAGUAGACUGAGUGGCAACUGGGCCCUGGCGAGCAUGGCAGCGAUAGCUCGACAGAUGAGCACAGACGAGACAGAAAGAAGACUUUACUGUGAGGAGCAUCAGCAGGAACUGAAGCUGUACUGUGAAACAGACAAGAAACUGAUCUGCCUGGUUUGCAGAGACGCCCGAGAACACAGACACCACAGCUUCCUCCCCAUACAGGAGGCGGCUCAGAUCUUUAAGGAUAAAGUGAAACCCUCCUUAGCUUCUCUCACACAGAGGAAGGCCGCGGCUCUGGAAGCUGAAGGGAAACAGAAAGAAAAGAUUUCACAAGCGAAGCAACAGGCGGACAGUCUGGAGAACCACAUCACGGCUGAGUUUGCUAAAAUGCACCAGAGCCUCACUGACAGAGAGCAGCGUGUGAUCCGAGAGCUCAGACAGCGAGAGGAGGAGGUUUUACCCGAAUGGAGAAAAAUCUGCGAGAGAGGGGAAACUGCUCGGAAGAGAAGGAUCAGUGCUGAAGAUUUUAAACUGUCAUUAUCUGAGGGUGAUCUGCCUGUGGGGAUAUACAAGGGUCCUGUACAUUACACGGCCUGGAGAGACAUGAUACACAGCAUCAGCCCAGCUCCGGCCGCUCUGACUCUGGAUCCUGACACAGCCCAUCCCCGGCUCAUCCUGUCUGAGGACCUGACCAGUGUGAGAUGUGGAGACAUAUGGCAGCCGCUCCCUGACAGCCCGAAGAGGUUUAGUGAAGAUCCCGUUGUCCUGGGAUCUGAGGGCUUCACAUCAGGGAGACAUUACUGGGAGGUGCAAGUGGGCAACAAGACUGAGUGGACUGUGGGAACGGCCACAGAGUCUGUCAACAGGAAACAAUCAACCACACGGUCACCAGAGAAUGGGGUCUGGGCUGUGAGACUGGUGGGCGAGGUCUGUAGGGCUCUGACCUCACCCCCCACCCUUCUGUCCCUGACAGUGAGACCCGGGAAGAUCGGGGUUUACCUGGACUAUGAGGGGGGACAAGUGUCAUUUUACAACGCUGAUAACAUGUCUCAUCUCCACACUUUCACCCACAUUUUCACUGAGAAACUUUAUCCUCUCUUCAGUCCCGGGUAUAAUUAUGGCGGGAAAAACUCGGAGCCUCUGAGAAUCUGCCGGUUCUAACACAUUGACAGUGACGUGGUUUUUCCUCACUUUUUCCUGCACAUCAUUCGCUGUUUGUGGUUUAAGGGAAUACGGGGUGGGGGCAGGCGGGAGAUUGCAGGAGAAAACGCCAAGCUCUGCGGGUCCAUAGAGAUCCUGUAAUAAGGCUGGAGUUGGAAACACAGCGAAUUUCUAUUGGUUUGUGUCUGGAUUGUACCCAACGUGUGAACUUUGGUCCAAGUAAUGUGUCUGAUAGAACGUCAAUCCAGGAGAUCUUUCCUCCAGUUUCACUCCGGUGAUGAGCAGAGAGGAGGCUCCCACACCCGGACACACAUGAGUUGGGUUUACUCCGCCUUUGAUCCAGACCUAUGAGCAGCUGGAAUUUCUAUCUAUUGCAGCAAAGGGUUCAGUAUUGUCCACAGCACAAUCCGCACAUAGAUCCUGGUCACAUUGCAAAUGACUGUAGAAUAGUAGUUCCAUCUGCUUAUUGCCCUCCUCAGACUGAAUCCAGGUCUUACAUCGCAGAAAGUCUGUAAUUUGCCUUUCAGUUAAAAUAGACUGCUCCACUUUUCAACCUGAAGGGACUGUUGUUGUUGUCGUUGCAUUUCUGUUGUGUGUUGCAGGUUCCUUAUCCAGACAGGUCCACAUUAGUCAAGGAGACUGCUGAUGACAGUCAGCCCGGCCUGACUUGUCAGCAGGACUUGGAGUGAGUGUCACUCGGGGGCAGGGAUUAUUCCCACGUCGGGAGAAC